AUGUUACUGAAACACCUCAUCCGCCGACUUCCCACCUCAUUCAGUGCUGCCAACAACAGCACCUACCGACUUUCAACGGUAGCACAUGUAAACAAUGUGAAGAAUAAAAUUGAAGAGAAACGCAAGAGUGCCCUUCUCGGUGGCGGCGUGAAGCGAAUUGAGCAACAACAUGCCAAGGGAAAGUUGACAUCACGGGAGAGAAUUGACCUGUUGCUCGACCCGGGAAGUUUUGUCGAGUACGACAUGUUCGUUGAGCACACAUGCAAUGACUUUGGAAUUGAUAAACAGAAGUUCACUGGUGACAGCGUUAUCACAGGCCACGGUUUCAUUCAUGGGCGCAAAGCGUUUGUCUUUAGUCAAGAUUUUACCGUCUUUGGUGGAAGUCUCUCCAGUGCUCACGCUAAAAAGAUAUGCAAGAUCAUGGAUGCAGCCAUGGCCGUGGGAGCACCCGUUAUUGGUCUGAAUGACUCUGGUGGAGCUCGAAUUCAAGAGGGCGUCGACUCCCUGGCCGGUUAUGCGGACAUCUUCUUGAGGAACGUUCAGUCUUCAGGAGUUGUGCCUCAAAUUUCCGUCAUCAUGGGCCCCUGUGCUGGAGGAGCUGUCUACUCUCCUGCCAUAACAGACUUUAUCUUCAUGGUGAAGGACACCUCGUACCUCUUCAUCACUGGGCCAGACGUCGUAAAGGCAGUCACCAAUGAAGAUGUCACCCAGGAAGAGCUUGGUGGUGCAAAGACUCAUACGAGCGUGUCAGGUGUCGCCCAUCGAGCUUAUGAAAAUGACGUGGAUAUGCUGCUGCAGCUGCGAAGAUUCUAUGACUUUCUGCCGCUUUCCAACAAAGAAGCAGCUCCCAUUCGCCAGUGCGAUGACGCUUGGGACAGACAGGUGCACAGCCUGGACACUGUCAUUCCAUUAGAGAGCUCCACUCCGUACAACAUGACUGAUGUUGUUCUAGAGAUAAUUGACGAACGAGAUUUUUUCGAAGUUAUGCCCGAUUUUGCCAAAAACUUGAUUGUCGGCUUUGCACGAAUGAAUGGUGAAACUGUUGGAAUUGUUGGAAAUAAUCCAAAAUAUGCUGCCGGUUGCUUGGACAUAAACUCCUCUGUAAAAGGUGCCCGCUUCGUCCGUUUCUGUGAUGCCUUCAACAUUCCGAUCAUUACUUUUGUUGAUGUACCAGGCUUUCUUCCUGGAACUGCUCAAGAGUACGGUGGAAUCAUUCGUCACGGAGCCAAGCUGUUGUACGCUUUUGCAGAGGCAACAGUGCCAAAAAUAACGGUGAUCACUCGCAAAGCUUAUGGUGGUGCCUAUGAUGUGAUGAGCUCGAAGCACUUGAAAGCCGAUGUUAAUUAUGCUUGGCCGACGGCGGAAGUCGCCGUAAUGGGUGCGAAAGGUGCAGUCUCUAUUCUCUACAGAGGAAAGGAAAACACAGCAAAGUAUGAGCAAGAGUACAUGGAUAAGUUUGGCAAUCCGUUUCCGGUGGCUGUGAGGGGCUUCAUCGAUGAUAUCAUUGAGCCUCAUACCACGCGAAUGCGAAUCUGCAGAGAUUUGUACCUUCUACGAAACAAGAAAACGAUCAACCCACCAAAGAAACAUGGCAAUAUUCCUUUGUAG